CCGCGCAACGCAAGUCGUCUGUCUUCCCCUCUUCAAGCAUCUAGGGCACCAAGCUACCCUAACCAUCCCCCUCCAUUGUCUCAGAGUUCAACUCAUCCCGAACUUCGAUCCAUCUUCCAACCUCGGACCUUCUUUCUAAACUCAGGUCCUCCAAGUUCGACACAACCUCGUCGCACGUCAUCUCAACACCAACACCCAUCUCCAUAUUCCAACCACACAACACACAUCCCAUCAUCCAACAUGUCUGCCGUUGUGGAGAAGGUCACCGACGCCGUCCAGGACGUUACCAAUGCUCUGAGCAAUACCUCGAUCGCCGAGAAGGUCACCGACAACAAGCCUGCCGCCGCCAACAAUGACGCCGUCCUCGCCAGCGCUGCUGAGGGACGCCGUCUCUACAUCGGCAACCUGGCCUAUGCGACGACCGAGGGGGAACUGAAGGAGUUCUUCAAGGGUUACCUUGUCGAGUCCGUCUCCAUUCCCAAGAACCCCCGCACCGACCGUCCCGUUGGCUACGCCUUCGUCGACCUCUCUACCCCUACUGAGGCCGAGCGCGCCAUCUCUGAGCUGUCCGGCAAGGAGAUCCUGGAGCGCAAGGUUUCCGUCCAGCUCGCUCGCAAGCCCGAGCCUGCCGGCGAGAAGGCUGACGCCGCCAACGCGCCGGGAGCGUGGCCCUCCCGCCGACGCGUUGCCUCCAAGACUAAGGUCAUGGUCGCCAACCUGCCUUACGACCUGACCGAGGAGAAGCUUAAGGAGCUUUUCGAGGCCUACUCGCCCUCUUCCGCCAAGAUCGCCCUUCGCCCCAUCCCCCGCUUCAUGAUCAAGAAGCUCCAGGCCCGCGGUGAGCCCCGCAAGGCCCGUGGCUUCGGCUUCGUUACCCUCGCCUCCGAGGAGCUCCAGCAGAAGGCCGUCAGCGAGAUGAACGGCAAGGAGAUUGAGGGCCGUGAGAUCGCCGUCAAGGUUGCCAUCGACAGCCCUGACAAGACUGAUGAGGAGGCCAACUCUCCCGAGGAGAAGGCCAACGGUGCUGAGGAGGGCGCCCCCGCUGCGGCCCCCACCGAGGCUCCCGCUACCACCGCCGUCACGGCGACCGAUGCCGCCCCUGCAGUCCCCGCCACUGCUGCCGGUGCUACUACCACUGCUUAA